AUGAGAACCGGGCAAGCCCUCCUCAUCGAGGAGAAAUCUAACCCAAGUGGAACCAAGUCAGGAGGAGCGUUCCACAUAUUGCUCGCCCAUAACGGUGGCUCAUACAUGUUUGAACUUGGUGUCAGUGUCCACAAUAAAGAGCUAAUGGAAAGAUACCAUGAAAAAUCGGCGCUUAGAAAUGCACUUGCCAGACUUCAACUGGCUGGACACGGAACCUCACUUAUUGAACAUUGCCAUAAUUGGUACAACCCCUUCUUGAAGCUGGCUACCGACCCAUUGAAGUCAGAACUACAAGGCGAACUCACUUCGUUGAUGACGCUGGGUGUCUCAGGACAGACGGUUGACGAAGUCCUUGAACAAAUAAGCUCCAAGUAA